ACACGCUGGGGCUGCGGGUGUCAGGAGGAGGCUGGGACGAGCCCGGCCGAUCCCGGGGAGCGCAUGGCAGCGGCGAAUGGAGGAGCCGGGCCGGGAGCCGGGAGCGGAGGGCACGGCCGCAGAACAAAGCCUCGCAUUUAUCCCUUUCACCGCCGGCCCCUCUCCGCCUCCCCGCGCUGGAUUGUUCGCGCAUUUUCUCCGCUUCAGCUGUUUACUGGGUCACCCUGGUGCAGACACGCACACAAAAGAGCGAGCCGCGGCCCGGGCCGGUGGCACCGGCGCUGCGAGCCCCUCCGGCAGCACAGCGGUGCCAUUGAUCCGGCUGGCAGAGCCUGCCCGGGGCCGGGCUGGGCUGGGGGCACGCAGAAUUCCCCUCCCCGGGCAUCCUCCUCUGCACAGGCUGUGGCCACGGGGCUGUAAAGGGGGGACCCCAAAAGGUCCGGGCUUGCCGGCUUUGCCCGCGUUGGGUUUGGUGGAGGGAAUUUCAGCUGAGGUCAGGUGGAGUAAACACACGGGUGGACGCGUUGGUUUCACCAGGGUUUGUUUCGGCUCGGCUUAUCUAAGCUGAGAUGAACCUCGUUCGAAUGGAAACGGGAGGGAGAGGCGAGGUUUCUGUCAGCCAGAGCGUGGCCAGGAAAGGCUGUGGCUUUGGGACAGCCCCCAGCCUGGCCAGCCCCACGUGUGCCCCUUCAAAAUUCCAGGGAGAUGUGACUUUGCUGUCUUUUCCCCUCUGCAGGCUGCAGCAGGCGAGUUACUGCACAGACAGUCACAUUUACGGUUUAACCAGGCAGUUUGGGAAUCCUGUGUGGUGAAACUCUCUGGGAAUGUCAGUGGGAUGGCUCAGCACGGCAUGGGGGGCUGGGCUGGUGUUUUACACCCGGCUGUGCGAUCUUUGCUUUGCCCCUCCUGCGUAUCCCACCACGCUCCUGCCGCAGCCGUGCGCCCAGAGCUCCACACAGGAGAUCGGAGAAGAGCUGGAGGAUGGUGUGAUCUACAGCAUAUCCCUGCGGAAGGUGCAGCUCCAUCACACGGCCAACAAAGGGCAGCGCUGGCUGGGGUUCGAGAAUGAGUCGGCCUUAAACCUCUACGAGACGUGCAAGGUGCGGACGAUAAAAGCCGGGACCUUGGAGAAGCUGGUGGAGUACCUGGUGUCAGCCUUCAAGGGCAAUGACUCCACCUAUGUCACCAUCUUCCUCUGCACUUACCGGGCCUUCGCCACCACCAAGCAAGUGCUGGACCUGCUGCUUAACAGGUACGGCAAACUCCACGUGCAGGCCAAUGGGGACCACGCCAGGCACACUGUGGACGAGAGGAUGGAGCUGAAGAACACCAUCUCCUCCAUCCUGGGGGCCUGGCUGGACCAGUACUCGGAGGAUUUCCGCAAGCCCCCGGACUUUGCCUGCCUCAAGCAGCUCAUCUCCUACGUGCGCCACAACAUCCCCGGCUCCGACCUGGAGCGCCGGGCCCGCAUCCUGCUGGCCCAGUUCCAGCAGCAGGAGCAGAGCGAGGCUGAGGCAGAAGCUGUGGACCACGGCAGCUGCACCUUCCAGCUGGUGGAGGAGAACGGGGUCGGGGACGGGAAGCUGGAUUUCCUCUCCUUCUCCCCAGAGAUGGUGGCAGAGCAGUUCACACUGAUGGAUGCUGAGCUGUUCAAGAAGGUGGUGCCUUACCACUGCCUGGGCUGCAUCUGGUCCCAGAGGGACAAGAAGGGCAAGGAGCACCUGGCCCCCACCAUCCGUGCCACGGUGUCCCAGUUCAACAGCGUGGCCAACUGUGUCAUCGCCACUUGUCUCGGGGACAGGUCCCUGAAGCCGCAGCAGAGGGCCAAGGUGGUGGAGCGGUGGAUCGAAGUGGCUCGGGAGUGCCGCAUCCUGAAGAACUUCUCCUCCCUCCGAGCCAUCCUCUCGGCCCUGCAGUGCAACGCCGUGCACCGGCUGAAGAAGACCUGGGACGAGGUCCUGAGGGAGAGCUUCCGCACAUUCCACGAGCUCUCCGAGAUCUUCUCCGAUGAGAACAACCACUCGCUGAGCCGGGAGCUGCUCAUCAAGGAGGGCACAUCCAAAUUCGCCACCUUGGAGAUCAACCCAAAGAGGGCUCAGAAGCGGCAGCAGCAGCAGCGAGAGAUGGGCGUGAUGCAGGGCACCAUUCCCUACCUUGGCACCUUCCUCACGGACCUGGUGAUGCUGGACACGGCCAUGAAGGAUUUCCUGGAUAGUGGGCUGAUCAACUUUGAGAAGAGAAGGAAGGAGUUCGAAGUCAUCGCGCAGAUCAAGCUGCUCCAGUCAGCCUGCAACAACUACAGCUUCACACAGGAGGACCAGUUCGUGGAGUGGUUCCACAGCCUGGAGCGGCUCAGCGAGGCCGAGAGCUAUGGGCUGUCAUGUGAGAUCGAGCCACUGUCAGAGUCAGCCAGCAACACGUUGAAGGCCAAGAAAAACACCGGCAUCAUCAAGAGAUGGAGCGACCGGCAGCCGCCGAGCACCGAGCCCUGCGCCAGUGGCAGCUCCCACUCGAAAUCCUUCGACCAGCUCAAGUGUGGGCAGUACCUGUGCAGCGGGGACGCCACCGACUCGGUGAGCGUCACCUCUGCCGGCUCCAGCAGCUCCGACGUGGAGGAGAUCAACAUCAGCUUCAUCCCCGAGUCCCCCGACUGCCAGGAGAAGAAGGUCAGUGAGAUCCCUCUGGCCUCCCUCCCCCAGCGCUGGUACGCCCCGUCUGUGGCCGAUGGAGAAGCUAAACCCACUGUGUCCUCCGCAUCCCCUCUCCUCCCUGCCCUCCAGUUCUGGGAAUCCACCUCCCUCUCUUCCCUGGACACGUCAGGCAUCGGCUCAGGCUCCAGCAGUGCCUCCUCCUCUUCCGUCUCCUCCACGCCGGUGACGGCCUCCCGCACACACAAGCGCUCGGUCUCCGGCAUCUCCAGCUACUCCUCACUCUCGCUGCCCCUCUACAACCAGCAGGUCGAUGACUGUUGCAUCAUCCGAGUCAGCCUGGCUGUGGACAACGGCAACAUGUACAAGAGCAUCCUGGUGACGAGCCAGGACAAGACCCCCGUGGUUAUUCGCAAGGCCAUGGCCAAACACAACCUGGAUGGGGACCGGCCUGAAGACUAUGAGCUUGUCCAGAUCAUCUCGGAGGAGAGAGAGCUGAAGAUCCCCGACAACGCCAACGUCUUCUAUGCCAUGAACUCCGCCGCCAACUACGACUUUGUGCUCAAGAAGCGCGGCUUCUCCAAGGGCGUGAAGAUCAAGCACGGCUCCAGCUCCACCCUGCCCAGGAUGAAGCAGAAAGGCCUGAAGAUCGCCAAGGGCAUCUUCUAGCCUCAGCCCCACUGCCACCCAUCACCGACGGGGCCUUGGGGGCAGCUGCUCCGGGCUUGGCUGUGGCCGGUCCUUGUGCCGCCCUGCACGGCAGAGGAGUGACCCUCACCCACGGGCGCCGGCCGUGCACCUCCCUUCCGCACCCAGAGCUGAGAGCUGGGCAACUGCUGUCGGCCUCUGCCUCUCUCCGCACAAGCCCCCGUUCCAAUCAGGUCUUUUUUUCUACACAGGAAGGCAGCAGUAGCGGGGGGGGAGGGAUUUGUCUAUUUUUUGUUUCGUUUCGUUUUUGUUUUUUAACCUUCCACGGUGCGACACUCAUCCAGCCCGGCCAGCCCAGAGCUGGAGCCCGCCUCUGCCGUAGGUGCCUUGUGUCUGAGCGAGCCGGGGAGCGGUGACUCGCAGAGGGGCCAUGUGACAGAGCAGAGCAGGAGCCACCACCACCCUGGAAGGGGCUGCCAAGCCUCCUUCCCAGAAGCCUCCUUCCCAGCUUUCCCGGUGUUACCUCCACCUCUGUCCUCCCCGGGAUCACUGGCGUUGCCACCAGCGCACAGCUCUGCCUGCCCUUCCCUUGGGAGAAGCCACGGAUGCCCUGGGCUGCAAGGACGCAGCCCUGCAGCGGUGCUGAGCCUUGGGGAGGAGGCUGUGGCCGUGCCACGGUGGAGUGGGUGCCUCGUGCUCUCCCCAGCUGGAAGCCUGCGUGGUCUCGCUCCUCUGCCGAUCCAGCGCGUCCUCCAGCUGGAUUGGGCCGGCCCACGUUCAAACUUGCACCAAAGAUCAAACGCCAGUGUCUCUUCUGCCGAGGGGGAGCUUCGGGCCGUGCCCCCAGCGCUGCCAGCCUGAGGAGGAGGAGGAGGAGGAGAGCAAAGUUCUGUCUGAAACUGUGUAAAUAGAGACUUUGGGUCUGCGUGGGCACGCGAGGGGCCGGAGAGCUCAGGGUGCUCCAGGUGCCCCAGCUGCCACUGCCUGACCCACAGAAAGUGCCACUCACCUCGGGCUUUAACCGGACUUUUUCAAACACUGACCAUGGGAGAAGCAGCAAUGAGACUUUUUUUUUUUUUUUUUUUUUUUUUUUUUUUUUUUUUUUUUUUGUAUAAAACGAAGUUUACUGAUUUUUUUUUUUUUUUUCCCAGUAUUUAUUGGUUGUAAAUAGAAGAUGCAAACUUGUACAUUUUACUAAUCCAGCCUCCCCCUGCCCCGCAGCCCAGUCCCUGUCCUGUGCCCCCCCUGGUAUUUAAGGCUGCUGGGAGGGAUGCUGGCAGCAGCAGUGCUCUGCUGUGCUCACGGGGCGCAGACCCUGCCAGCUCCCCCCUCCCAAAUUCUGUACCACUAAUUGCUCGAGCAGGGGCAGCGAUGCUUGUUUUAAUCAUUGUAGGAAACACUAACCAAAGGGGGACCUUUUGUUGCUCCUGGCUCCAUCUCUGUUUUUUAAGUGCUUCAUUCCAGCAGAUCUUUUCCGUUUCCCAUCCGUCGGAGUUCCUGGGUGGUUGGGGUGCCUUCCCCAGCUCCAGGACAGGGACCACACUCCAGGAGCUGGGGCUUGGUGGGGAAGAGGCUGCUUGGGUUUGAGCUCCUCCAGCCCCGUGGCCCCUUGGGUAGCGCUGCCCACGAUGCACAUGAUGGGAGCUCCUGGCUCCCUGACGCAGGGGCAGCCUCCUGCCUCCCCCCUGCCCAAAGCCCCUCUUCCCCUGGGCACCCAGCACCUCUGGGAGGGUGUUCCCUCUGCUUUGUGCCUGCCCACCCUGGGACUGUCCCCUCCCCUCCCGCCGGUGCCAGCGGGGGGGACUGGCUGUACCCUAUGUAUUUUGUACCACUUCAAUGAAGGAGCACACUGCCCGGUGUGACUUGUACACAGCAAUGUAAUUAGUCUUUGCAAUAAAAUACUGAUGCUCAAA